AUGGUCUGUCAAACGUCACGAACUAGGAAGUACGUUUCGUAAUUAUUUCACAGCAGAAAAUCAUAACAUAGUUGCACGCUCCGUCUGUAGAGCAUUGUUACAUCAAAUUUAAACAAAAUGCGAGAUCCACAGGCUGUAAGCCACAAGAGAAUCCAGGCUGUUUACACUAGCUCGAGCAGUGGGCUGGAAGGCUUCAAGGCUAAUGCAGUGUUCCAGGAGAUACACAAAAAGCUUCAGGAGGAUGGGGAGCAGUUUGUGAAAAAGAUCGGAGGAGUUUUUGCUUUCAAGGUGAAGGGUGGACCAAAUGGGGAGGAGGCUGUGUGGUUUGUUGAUGUGAAAAAUGGCAAAGGCUGUGUCCACAAUGACACAGCAAAAAAAGCAGACUGCACAAUUUCAAUGUCAGAUGCUGAUCUGCUGGCUCUGAUGACGGGGAAGAUGAACCCACAAACAGCUUUUUUCCAGGGCAAGUUGAAGAUCACAGGGAACAUGGGUAUGGCCAUGAAGCUCCAGAGCCUGCAACUACAGCCAGGCAAAGCCAAGCUGUGAAAGAGCAGGAGUGGAAAAUGGGCAAUGCUUGACUCCAGGCAUUGAUUUAGGAUUAAUGUUAUGCAUCUCAGAUCUAGCCUCUCAGAUCUAGCCUAAGUAAUUCAAUAACAACCGUUGUUAUUGAAGCCCUGACUGUAGGGGAAAGGAGUAUGGAUGGACAGAAACACUGUUUUUCCUCCCAAUGACUAUAUUCUGAUAGUGUCAGUUGAGACCCUGUAGAGGUGGGCAUCCUGAUUUUCAUGUUUGUGAACCAAUCAUCUUUCUAACACAAUUAUGUCGUCCAAUAGCUCCCCCUUUCAUUGAGCCACUCUGCAAACGUUAUUUGCUAAUGGAAAUAGAACCCUGAAAAAACUCUAUAAAUCUGGUUAAAGUUAUGUUGAGUAGUUUUUCACUUUCUGUCUUUGAGAGUCAAGUGCCUCUUAUCUUUUGUGUGAUGUUGCAUAAGGACUGUAUCACCUUUAGACACGUUUGUAUUGCAUACUCUUGAUAAUGGUACUUAAUGGAUAACUGGAUGUGGGUCACUGUGACUCCAAUAUCUGCCAUGUCGGUCUUGUAACAAAACGUGACUUGUUACUGAAUAAACAGUACUUUCUCCUGCUGUA